CUUUCUCGGUCGACUAGGUAAGAUAAGGACGAGGCGGACAAACGGACUGACGAAGGUGGCCAAGGUAGGGGAUAUUCAGUCUCGCGGCCACGUGCUACACGAGCGCACGCCCCGAGCCGGCCGGUGGUCCAGCCACGACUCCGUCCUCUUCUUCUUCGUCCCGUUUUGUCCCACGCUUUCUCCUUCUUCCCUCAUUCCAUUCUUCUUUUCGUACAACACCUCUCGACAUCACCACCGUGUGCCUCUCCCUCUUUCUCUCUCUCUCUCUCUCUCUCUCUCUUUUCGUCACGUUUCCACUUUAUUCUCCAUUUCUCUCUCCGUCUCUCCCAGAGUUUUUCUCCCUCGUCUCGUUUUAGUCGACUUUUUUUUCUCGCGUCUCCGUCGCGUACGGACAGUCACCGUCGCUUCCAAGCGUGUUUCGCGUCCGAGAGUCUCGCGUGAGUGUCGCCCGCCAGCGGAUUCCCAGUGGACGCGGCUCGAGCGCGCCUCGCGGCCCCGGCUAAUCGCGGGAACGCUCGAGCUACCAGCGCCUCGUCAACCUCGCCGACACCUUCGACAGUCACAAUUUCGUUUCGUCCUCGUUGCUUCCAUCCGCAAGUACCGAGAGUUCGUAGCUCCGAGAGAUGUACUGAAGUUUGGUGAACGCGAGUGUGUGUGUGUGUGUGUGUGUGUGUGUGUGUGUGUAUAAAUACGAUACGAAGGAUACGAAGCUUCGAUGGCAGCUGCGGAGAUGAUCGGACGGUACGGUGUCGUGCGAGCAGACACACGGCCAACUGUUAAUUUCGUACUCUAACACGACGCGCUGCUGGAAGAACAAAGUCUUGUGACAGGAGAAUACAGGAGAAUACACCAGUGAAACUCUUCGCUCGUUGUCCCGUUAGCCGAUGGUACGUGCAAUCAACUCGUUCGAUGAUCGUGAAACGAAAGUUUGUCGUCGAUGGGCUCGCGAAGGAUUUGAGCAGGAAGAAUAUGUGGCCGAAUAUCGAGUACUGGUCGAUAUUCGGCGAUCCGUGGUGAUUGUGAUCGCUUCGAGACAUCGAGUUGUGCGCCGAGAGGCAUGUCUGACCACCAAGGGGAGAUUCUACUUGUCGCGCGAACCGAGUAUUGACGUGCGUGUGUCCAAGGAACAUCGGACGUUCUUCGUCCAGCUGUGUACGAACUAGUGAACUUUAGAGAAUAGUGCUGUCUUCUACACGCCAGUUCGGCUUCCACGCGAGUUUUUAUUUCUCUUUUAAAUUCCUUCACUUCUGUCUACGUUUGACAUGGCGUUUUUUGUUCUCGUUCAUUUUUAGCGACUUACAUUCACGACGCGGUGUCGACGAAGCUGGAGGAAACGUAGCUGAGGUCCCCCUGAGGUGGUCCACGGCUGCACCGGCCGAGGAGGAUAAUCGUGAGAAUCCACGGUGGCCCAGGAAAUUUUCGACAGCGUCGGCGCUUGUAAGACACGCACGAAAAUGUUGGGUCGCGACAUCGAACACGGAACAGACGGCUCGAGGGACCGGCGCGAACGGUUUGCAUCGAGAGAUUAAAGAAACAUCGAAUGGACGUGGGCGAUUUGUCGAGCUCGGCAGGAUUGGCUGGGAGCGGAUCCAUCCCUGUAGCAACGGGUGUUGGUAUCAUUACAAGUACGACAUCCGCCACCGCGGGGUGGUGGACGCCUACAUCGACGAUCGCCACCGCAGCGGCCAACACCGACGUGAUGAAUCAGCUCUGCAGGGUCUGCGGAGAGCCGGCCGCGGGUUUUCACUUCGGGGCCUUCACGUGCGAAGGUUGCAAGUCGUUCUUCGGGCGAACUUACAACAACCUCGGCAGCAUCUCCGAGUGCAAGAACGGCGGCGUGUGCGUGAUCAACAAGAAGAACCGCACCGCGUGCAAGGCUUGCCGGCUGAGGAAGUGUCUGAUGGUGGGUAUGUCGAAGUCGGGCUCCCGCUACGGACGCCGCUCCAACUGGUUCAAAAUCCACUGCCUCCUCCAGGAACAGUCGCACCAGGCGCAGACGCGCCUCAUCAAGGACCCCAAGUCCGCGUACGAGAAGGCGUUCGGCUCGUUGGACGUGGCCAACAACAACAACAACAACAACAAUAACGAGAACCCCCCCGGCGCUACCAGCGCUACCAACGUGAUGGGUAUAGUGACGACGACAACCACCACCGCCAACAGUUACCAUCACCACCACCACCACCACCAUCACCAGCACCAUCAUCAGGACAGGUUCCCGAAAAGGGACGACCUGAGGCCGCAGGACAUUCCCGCUCAGUUGAGGGCGCCCGACAUUCCGACGGCGAGAGUCAGCCAGGAUCCUCUCCUGAGGCCGGUGGAUCUGGUGAGGGCGCCUCACGAACUGCUCAGGCCGGAAGUGUCCAGGUUCCCCAUGUGGAGAGGGCCGCCGUUCUUCCACCCGGCUCUGUCGCACAUGCAGAUCAUCAACACGCCGUUCUUCCCGUUUCAACAACGGUUCAUCCUCCCCUACGUGAACCAGGUUGGCACGCCGCCGAUGAUCGCCAGCCUGACGAGCUCGUCGAGCGACAGCGUGAGCCCGAGGUCGACGCCGUCGCCGAAACGGGACGACGACAACGGGAGCGGGAACCGCGACGAGUGCAGAGGCGCGGACGGAAGUUGCGGACAGAAGAAUCAGAUCGAGGCGUACGACAAGAGCCUGGCGUUUCUGCGUUCAUUGGGCCCGGAGCAGGAGGAGCCGAUCGAUUUGAGCAUGAAGCCCGGCACAAAGUUGGACGGGCUAGAGGGGACGGACGCGACCGGCGGAGGUAGCACGGAGGAGGAGAGGUCGACCGACAGCGAGGACAACGAGCUGCUGCAGGACACAGGGCCGCCCCUCGAUCUUACUAGAAAAACGUGACCCCGCACGCGGGGGUCAGCUCGCGGGCAGCUUUCGACAGGAACUGGACUCUGGUUGAUGCGUUGAAUCGUCGCUCGGAGGAUUACCAGGCAGCUCCCUCGCGACGAGGAGACGACUUACGAUCUUACGUUUGUCAGACACGACUCGCACACGGGGUGUGACCUCGCGAAGACGAGAGGAUGGAAGGAUGGAACGUCGAUCUCGUCGAGACACGAACGAACGAACGAAGACGUUGGUAAAAUGCUGAAGGAAUCGAGUGAAAUAAUGGGAAAAUAAUAGCGCGGAUGAAAAGGCGAGACAUCUGGUAUGAGAGACGACAGGGUGGACGAGCGAAGUAAUGGAUGAUGGACAGCGGCAGGCAGUAGGAAAAGCACGUAGGAAGAGCGGACGUCGCCAGCCCUUGUGUGUUGCACGAAUGACUUUACGAUCGGCGAUCGGAUCGACGUAAAAUUGCUCAAGCCCUCGAUAUUAGCCGACAGACGUACACGGCUCCCUUUGGCUUCGCCAGGUGUUCGUUGACAGAGUGGCCGAAGAUAGGCUCGAUACAUCCUUUCGUAGCCGGACGAACGAUUGUGUGCCUUAACCGAUGCCUUUCAGCUCUCGUAAACGUUCGAAUGCACGAGAGGGAGAGUAUAUGAGAAAGAGAGAAUGAGACAGAGAGAGAGAGAGAGAGAGAGAGAGAGAGAGAGAGAGAGCCAGUAAAAACCACGUGAUAAUUUAACGUUGAGUAAUAACGUGUAACAAGUACGUACGUAGACACGAACACAUGUAUGUAUCAUGUCGUGUCCGUGUGAUGCGUUCGACAUCAUUUUUUGUUUUUUUUCUUCUUCUUUCGCGUUUGGAGAAUCGCGAGACGGGUGAGUGAGGGUGUCCGAGAGGAACGAAAGCUUUUACCUUUACCGUGAUAUCUCUCGACGCUCGGGAAUGGCCAGUGUUUCAUUAAGCCGCAUCGAGAUUUCUUUUAUUUAUGCCGAGUCUUUUUAUUUAACGCGAUUUUAAUUAUUCAGUCAGUCUGUCUCGCGGAUAUACCUCGGUGUGGAGGCGCCCUUUUCCUUCCGUGGCCGCCCAUUCGGCUGAUAAUGGAUCGACGACAAACGCAACGCGGUCUCCGUUUCUCUCUGCGUUUACUCUCGAGUAUUGUAUUUGAUUGCAAGAUUGUAAUGGAGACUACAGUGUAAAUUGCGCGGAGAAAAACAAAAACGUCACGAGGCUGAAGGAAGGGGGAACUGGUCGAUGACGAUUGCAUGAUCACGCGUGUUCAAACGCACCGAGUGUUCAGCGGAAAAAAAAAAAAAAAAAAAAUACGAAGUAAAAUAAAGAAUAAAUGUGUAGCCAAUACUGUGGCGCCUU